AUGGCCUAUCGACCUCAGGCGAACAAAAUUGUGGAGAGAAUGGUUCAGACCCUGACUAGGUCCAUCAAGAUGUAUGUCUCUGAUGUCGGACAGCAGGAUUGGGACGAGUAUGCAGAACGACUAACGUUUGCGAUGAAAACCGCGCAAGACCGAGUCCGGAAGGAGACACCGUUCUAUCUGGUCCGUGGUUGGGAUGCUAGGACCACCCUCGAGGCUACCUUACCUGUGUUAAAUACGCGACGUCGGGGAUCUGGACCACGCAGAUGGAGAUAUUACAUUCAGCAACACUAUCAGCGGACGAGAGCCCAGGUGAACGAGAACCUGCGAGCGGCCAGGCGAGAUCGGAUCUUAGCCCAUAAUGAAGGGUUGGUCGACCACAAGAUUCAGCCGGGAACUCAAGUGUGA